AUGACUGCACACGACUUCCCCAGUGCCCACGUUGCCGACCAUGCCGGCAUGGAUAUUAUCCUUGUGGGCGACAGCUUGGCCAUGGUUGCGCUUGGUAUGGAAGACACGAGCGAAGUUGUGGUAGAAGAAAUGCUGCUUCAUUGCCGCUCUGUCGCAAGAGCCACCAAGUCCGCAUUUACUGUUGGCGAUUUACCCAUGGGCAGCUAUGAAAUAGCUCCGGAACAGGCUCUGGAAACUGCCAUCCGCUUCGUCAAAGAGGGCCGCGUGCAAGGCGUGAAGCUCGAGGGUGGCAAGGAGAUGGCCCCCACAAUCCAGAAGAUCACGUCCGCGGGCAUCCCCGUUCUCGCGCACGUGGGACUGACACCGCAACGGCAGAACGCCCUUGGCGGCUUCAGAGUGCAAGGCAAGACUUCCGACGGGGCCCUGAGGCUCCUUGAGGAUGCCCUCGCCGUACAAGAGGCCGGUGCUUUCGCCAUGGUCAUCGAGGCGGUUCCCGCUGAAGUCGCAGCACUUGUCACGGAAAAGCUCUCUGUCCCAACCAUUGGCAUCGGCGCCGGCAAUGGCUGCUCCGGCCAGGUCUUGGUGCAGGUCGACAUGACUGGAAACUUCCCUCCCGGCCGAUUCCUGCCAAAGUUCGUCAAGAAGUACGGCAACGUCUGGGGCGAGAGUCUUCGUGCCAUCGAGACCUAUCGGGACGAGGUGAAGAGCCGACAGUAUCCUGCACCCGAGCACACCUAUCCCAUUUCCAAGGAGGCGCUUGACGAAUUUACCAGCGCUUUGGAAAAGUUGUGA